AUGGAACAAGGCGAGUACAGAACCGUUGAUUCUAUCGGCUUCAAGUGGCGCAAGAUGAAUACGUUGAGCCAACGCUUUUGUGGGUUUUAUAACACAACGCUCGCCAACAAACCGAGUGGGUGGAACAACGAAAAUGUUUUCAAUGAAGCGUUGCGUUUAUACGAAAAUGAAGAUAAAAUUUCUUUCCCACAUGUCCGUGCUUGGCAAAUUGUAAAGGAUCAUUCAAAAUGGAAGGCAACUCCAAAUGAGGUUGCAAGCGCGAAACGAGCAACCAAACGGUCUAAAACUUCCGAGUCAGGAAGUUAUAGCGUUGGAGGCUCAACCGGUCGUUGCCAAAUAAAUAUCAACGACGAGUCCGAGUAUGACGAGGAGCCGAUUGGAGAGGAAGAACGUCCCCCAGGAAGGGACAAAAGUAAAAAGAUAGCGGCUGAAAAAAGGAAACAAGCCGCAUCAGGAAGUGGUGGUGGUUCGAAGUUGGAAGGUAUUAUGGCCGAGUUGAAAGCAUUCAACCAAACCUUUACCGAGAUGCAAACCGAGAAGGUAAAGGUGAAGAAACGACAAGCCGAGGAGAAGCAAAGGAGGCAAGAAGAAGCGCAGCAGUUGGAGGAAUGGAAAAUAAUGACUACCGACCUUAGCGAAUAUCCACCGGAAGACCGUCCUAUUUUACAAAUGAUGAAGGAAAAAAUGGAGUGGGGGAGUGUAGUUUUUUUAAAUGUAACUUUAGGUUUUUUUUAA